UUCAUGUUGACUACAUACAGUGCUAUUUGCUUUUCAAUAACCAAGCGUGUAUUCGCUGUCUUUCAGUAAAAGUUUUUUUUGUUCUUAACACAAAGCCCUCCAGUCAUGUCAGACAAAGGCCAAGACGUCGAUUUAACUAGAGCCAAACAAAACACGGGAGUGUGGCUGGUGAAGGUCCCCAAAUAUCUUUCUCAGCAGUGGGCAAAAGCAUCAGGGCGAGGAGAAGUAGGCAAGCUUAAAAUUGGGAAAGCUCAGGGGAAGACGGCGGUGUCUUUCAGUCUGAACGAGGAGCUGACCGUGGUGCAGUGCUCCGGGGAGACGCCUUCGUCGGUGCGCUCGCCGAGGGAGCAUCCCUUCACCGUGCAGACGGUGGGCGGCCAGACCCUCGCUGUCUUCACAGAGACCUCAGACAAGGUGGCUCUUGAAGGCAUGGUUGUGCAGCGAGCCGAGUGUAGACCUGCAGUCAGUGAGAGCUACAUGAAGCUAAAGAAGAUCCAGAUUGAAGAAUCCAUCAAACCUCUUCGUUUUUCCCAGAAGCUUGAGAAAGCUGUCACAACAAAUUACAAACCUGUGUCCAACCAUAGCCAUAAUGUGGAAUAUGAGAAGAGAAAGAAAGAGGAAGGCAAGCGUGCAAGAGCUGACAAGCAGAAGGUUCUGGAAAUGCUCUUCUCUGCCUUUGAGAAGCACCAGUACUACAACAUCAGAGACCUGGUGGACAUCACGAAGCAGCCGGUGAUUUACCUGAAGGAGAUUCUUCGGGAGAUCGGGGUGUAUAAUUCCCGAGGGCCUCAUAAGAGCACCUGGGAGCUGAAACCAGAGUAUCGCCACUACGAGGAAGGACAGGAGGAAGAGGAGGAGAAGAUGGAGUAAUCCGCUUUACAUAAGCCUGGGUUGGUUUUGCUUUCAUGUAGCGGUUGUUUGUUUCUGUGCCAGAUUUGUUUCGGUCUCGUUCACUCCCAGGUGGAACGAAUGUCAGUAUAAAAGAAAUCAAGAUAAAACUUUUUUUUUUUCUUGGGUUACAUAACGAAGCGUUUCUCUAAGAGCAUUAUGAAAUGAAUACUGUAAUUUGCAUGACUCUCGACAGUCUUCUGAGUUAAGAGCACUUGUGUUUAUGGUUACAGAAGCGCAUUAAUAACAUUAAUGAAAACGCAGUCACCCUUUGGACUUUCCAUUAGUUUAAUAGUUUCAUAACUCAGUAACAGUUCUGUCCUGCUGGGCCUGAAUAAUCACAUGCGAGACUAAAUUGCUCGAGAUCACUGGCAGGUCAUACUUCACCACGAAACUAAAUUAAAACUAAAUUUGCAUUGCAAUAUCAAGCAUAUUUGUAGGACCGACAAGAAUUUUUGGGGAGCAUUAUGUAAUCGGUUUCUCCCAGAAUUCACUACUGUAACGGAUUUUAGUGCGUCCGUGUUUAACAUUGUGCUCUGGGGUUUACAAGUCAACACUAACAUUCAUAAUUUAUACUUUUGUUUUGGAAGUUGAGAAUUUCUACAGAACAAAAAAUAAAAAUGGAUAUCUACCCCA